CCGCAUCUUCGGAAAAGUGCGGAGCGGAGUCUGCUCUGCCUGCUGUGGCGAGCGUUGCACACGAUCGUCGCUGGUCGCAUCGUCCGUGUCGACUCCGCACUCCGCGCUUGUUUUCUCCUCCCCGAAGACGGACCCAGGUAUGAAUUGACGCGCGGCAACGACACCGGAGAGCAUCCCGCUGUCCACGCGGCCCCACCAAGCUCCGUCUCGUACCGCAGUUUCGCGUCAGUUUAGUGCAAGUAGGAAUGGAGUUUGGAGUAGGCGAUGUUGCCCAGAUAUCGGCAGAACUGGCUCGAGUGGUCGAGAUGAUGAUGUCACCUGGCAUAUCUCAGCCACAACGGCUGGAUAUGUACAAUGCCCUUGAGAGAUUCAAAGAAUCUUCGCCAUUGUGCGCGCAAUGUGGCUUAUACUUGGCACAGAAAUUACCUGACAGAACCUCAGUGGUACGUCACUUUGGUCUACAAUUAAUGGAGCAUUGUGUGAAAUAUCGAUGGACACAAAUCUCACAGUCAGAAAAGCUCUUUAUUAAGGAGAAUGCAAUGAAAUUACUUCAAGAGGGCACUCAACCAUUGCUGCAGGAAGAGGCACACAUAAAGGAUGCGCUGUCGCGCGUCAUAGUUGAGAUGAUAAAGCGAGAAUGGCCUCAGCAAUGGCCCACGCUAUUGACUGAGCUCAGUCAGGCCUGCACACAAGGCGAAAGUCAAACCGAGUUGGUUUUGUUGGUAUUUCUCAGAUUAGUGGAGGAUGUGGCACUCCUACAGACGCUCGAAUCGAACCAGAGGAGAAAAGAUAUAUAUCAAGCAUUGACUACAAACAUGGCUGAGAUAUUUAGCUUCUUCCUAAGACUAAUGGAGCAACACUUUCCAGAAUUUCAGAAGAAAAGUGCCUUAGGACAGACAUCCGAAGCCGCGGCACACAGUAAAGUCGUUCAAGUAGUGCUGUCCACAUUAACUGGAUUUGUUGAAUGGGUUUCCAUAACUCAUAUAAUGGCCGAGAAGGGACGAUUGUUGCAGAUCCUGUGCCUCCUAUUGGGAAAUCCUAUAUUUCAGUGUUCCGCCGCUGAAUGUCUGCUUCAAAUUGUAAAUCGCAAAGGCAAGGCUGAAGAUCGAAAGCAACUGAUGAUCUUGUUCUCGGAGGAAGCUUUAAGGUUUAUUUAUACUGCAGCCAUCGCUCCACCGCCUCUCGCUGGACCUACGAAUUUCCAUGAAAAUCAUUACUUAUUUCUGAAGAAACUCACACAAGUUCUUACUGGCAUGGCGACGCAACUUUGCGCCUUAUGGGGAAAAGAUGAUGCCUCUAGCAUACGGCCGGCGCAUUUUAAUCUUUUUCUGGACACUGUGCUCACGUUUACCAUGUACUCGAGUCUCACGCUCACGCAUUUAGCGAACGCGAUUUGGGUGAUGCUAUUUAAACACGAACAGAUCAAGACGGACUCGCUGCUGCUUACGUACGUGCCGAAGUACGUAGAACAUACCGCGCCCAAGUUAAUCCGCGUUACGUAUCCACAUGGUAGACAGAGCAACGGUAUGACCACAUACUGCCUCGUCGAUUACGAUUCAGAGGAGGAGUUCAACGUCUUUCUCCAUCGCUUCAGGAUGGACCUAUUAGAAGGAUUCAGACACGCAACUAUGGUUGCACCUUUGGUGACAUUUACGUACGUCCAACAAUGGUUGACCGCGAAGAUCACUAAAGGUAUGGCAAACCUGCAAUACAGAAGCGAUCAGAACGAACGAGAGUACCUCGAAUGGGAAGCUCUUGCGCAAGCAUUAGAUUCUGUCGUAUCUAGAAUCUUGCUGAUCAAUGAGCGUCCAAGCGUACAGACUGGUCUCCAACUGUUGGAACUCUGUCUGGGUUAUUCACCACAAGAUCCUUGGCUUCUAUCUGCUCUACUUUCCUGUAUAAGCGCGCUCUUCGUGUUUCUGUCAAUGUCAACUGGCUCGAUGGCUAUGCCAGGUGUCGCUAUUUUACCGCGCGUCCUCGAAAAGAUCUUUGCCGCAUUAGUGUUUGAGGCGCCCGGUGAGAACGAGCGCAAUCGUUCACGAGCGGCCAAAAAUGUGCGACGACAUGCGGCUAGUCUUAUGGUAAAGAUUAGUAUCAAGUAUCCUCUAUUGUUACUGCCAGUAUUCGACCAGAUACACACGAUGGUACGCAGUCUGACCCGAGAUCCAAGCCCGUUGUCUCGAAUGGAGAGUAUUACUUUAUACGAGGCUUUGCUCCUUAUCUCUAAUCACUUUUGCGACUACGAGAGACAGACUCGAUUCGUCAUGGAGGUGAUCGGUGAAGCAUCAAACAAAUUCAUCGCGUUGGGCACGGAAUGGUUCAAGGGACCCCUAGAACUUAUGCAGUUUGUGGGACUAGAUAGACCGCCGGUCGAGAACAUGUUGGAUGAUCCAGCUCGACGUAAUCGCAGUGAUCUCAUGAUGUGUAUCUGUACUGUUCUUAGUGUGGUUAAACGAUGUUCGAUCCCAGAAGAUCCCGAUCGCGCAGCCAGGGGUGGCUUCGUGGCUGCACUCAGCGAGAGUGGUAAUCCGGUAUAUCGAAACCCAGCGACACCUCACGUGAUCCCUAUUCUGCCAACACUUUUCGCACUACUGCGGACAAUGAAUGGUUUCUUCAGUCAUGCCGCCCUUGCCGCUCUAUCUGAGGGCUACAAAAAUGCUUAUGGACUUUUGGAGUCAGAAAAGGCGAAUCUUCUGGGUGUAAAUAUAACCAAUGACAAUAACAGUGAAACGGACCAGGCCUCAAGCACAUCUCUGGUUCGAAUGCAAUCAUUCCUGAGUACAAUUCAUGAUCAAUGCUAUCAUAUGUUAGGUAGUGGCUGUCAUAUGAUUGGUCGAGAUUUUUAUCAAUUGCCUGGACUCGCCCCGGCCUUAUUGAAUUCGGUUUUUUCGAACAUGGAGGUGAUUCCGGAUUAUAGACUACGGCCAAUUAUACGCGUGUUCAUGAAGCCAUUUAUAUACUCGUGCCCACCUGCUUUCUACGAGAGCGUACUAGUACCUGUACUGGCUCAUGUAUCAACACAUAUGUGCCAAAGAUUAAGUGCAAAGUGGCAAUACAUAACGCAUCUUUACGAAUCCGGCGGUCUAGAUGAAAACACCGACACGCAGGAAGUCAUUGAUGACAUGCUCAAUAGAAAUCUGACUAGAGAUUUCGUAGAUGUGUUGAAAGUGGCUCUGGUUGGUGGAGCCGCUAGCGAUGCUGCUCCUCCAGAUACCAUGGAACAAGACAGCGGAGGAAUGGCAGUAGAUCCACCGCUCUCACGAGGAAACAGCAUUGUCGCCGAAGUCGUUAGCGAGCUCGGGACUUUCAUCUUGCGUCAUCCGUCCACUUGUCAGAGCGUCGUCCUAUGCGUAUUAGGAGCGCUCGCAUGGAACGACUCAAACGCGAGUCUCAAGGCUACAAUGUUGACUGGGCCUGUGGUGCGAGCACUGGCAGCUGAUGGUAGUCUUACGCCUUCUAUGGCAGCGCACAUUAUGGUAGCCGUUUUGCAAGGUUUACAAUUACAUGGUCAACACGAGGCCAAUCAAGGUUCCCUCAUCACUCUGGGCGCGCAGGUCUACGAAUGUCUCAGACCUAAGUUUCCAAACAUCAUCGAGGUGAUGCAGCAAAUCCCAGGGAUCAAUCUCGCUGACUUGCAACGCUUUGAUGAAAAAAUGUCUGUAGUUAGCACGAAAGGCAACAAAGUUGAGAAGGGAAAGAAAGAUCUCUUCAAAAAAAUCACUAAUCAGCUUAUCGGCAGAAGUGUAGGUCAGUUGUUCCGUAAGGAAGUCAAAAUAGACAAUUUACCGCGGAUAGAGGUAUCUGGUAAGCCUCAUCCGGUACGCGUGGAUGAGAUCUCGAAGGAUGCCACUGACACGGGAAUAACUGCACUGUUCGCUGGAUCUACGUAGCAGACAGUUUUAGGAAAUCACAUUUUACAUAGUUGGUCUAACUCAAUAAAUAACUAUAAGUUAUUGUAAAAAGGUCUCUUCUCAAGGAUGGCCAUACGAUGACGCAGAGAAAGAACGUUUGAUCCAAAAUUGCUAAAAUAGCGUGUUUCUUUCUAAGAAAAUUCACAAGUUUCUUUAUGGCAACUCACAGUCAUAAAUAAGUCGUAUUGAAGUGUUCGAGGUGUCACCUCGGAUUUAUAUACAAUUGCAAAUUUCAGAGAUUAUUUUUUACUUUUAUUCCUUCAUCGAAAGCAUUUUUAAAUAGAUGUAUGUUGUGAUAAAAGUAGAAAACUAAUGGCACGCGAAUUUUAAUAAAAUUGCAAUCGCUUUAUAGAAAAUCGAAGUGAUACCUCUAAAAUCCUCAGGCAUGCCCGUGCCUGAUCACUCAAUCACUUGGUGCUCCAAAUUAAGUCUCGGAUUAUAAAUUAUAAACACAUUUAAUUCAUAGUACACAUAAAUAUUUAUGACGAGAGUGAUCGGGGAAAUAUUUCUGCACUUCGCUCAUUAUGAAAUUGAUUGACAUAUUUCAAACUGACGAAGAUGCAGCAUGCGCUUCACAAUAUAAGUGUAGAUAACUUUUUUUACACUGCACGUACUACCAUUACUUUUAUUUAUUCUAAUUAAUUUUAAAGACUCGCGCAGAAGAAAGAACACAGCCAAUAUCGCGUUCCGUCUUGUUACGUCAUAUUUAAGAACGAAUGUCUCUCAGGUAGUGACAGAAAUUUUUCAAUAUGUUAGCCUUUCUACGUUCAUUAAUCAAAGUUUUUCCCAAAACUUUUAAACGUAUCAUGCAAUCCAUUUCUUUUAUGACAAAUAUACGGAGUGUACAAAUUUGUCAAGAUUGUGGAAGAAUUGUACAAUGAGACAUAAGGGAUAUUAUUGUGAUAAGAUUACUGUGUAAUGAGUAAAAUUUUAUAAUAUAGACAAAAGCGAACGCGUCUCGAGAACCACAAAGUGAAUUUCAUUGCUUUGUAUAAAUGAAGAAAGAAGAAAAAUGAUACGCGAGUCCGAGCUGUGACUGAUGUGUGCUAAACCGAACAUUGUAGUAUAUUUCUUAAUUUCUUUUUUCUGUUCUUUGCUACUUUCUCUAAAUUAUAUCUUCGAAGUCCGUAGUGUCUGUGGUAGGUCUAUUCUCUUUAGCUGAAAGUCUUCUUAUUUUCAUCGAUAUUUAAAACGGAAUAAAUGCGUUGUGAUUUAAAGAGAAAAAGUUUGCAGAAAAAUGCAGCUAAAAAGAGCAUAUCUGUUGUAUUAUACAACACUAAGGAUUUCGAAGUAUGGAAUUUAUUACAUCGGUGUCAUAUCUUUCUCUUUCUCUAUAUAUAUAUAUAUAUAUGUAUGUAUGUAUGUAUAAGUAUAUACAUAUUGUACAAUAAAAUCUUAUAGCGAUUGAGCUUAUAUACCAGAAUAGAACGAAUAUAACAACUCGUCUACACAACACACAUACACACACACCAAACACACAAUAUAUACAUACAUAUAUAUAUUUUUUUUUUGUUUCGAAUGUCAUAUUAUAUAAUUCGUUGAUUUUUUUUUUAAGGCAUGGAUCAACGCCGAAGUGUGUGUACACGAAAGUUGAUCAACGUCUUCCUUACAGUCGAGUUUUCUCGCGAUGUAUAAUGGAAAAAAUCGCGAUACAACUAACAAAUUUAAAUUUACGCAAUACUACAUUUACAAACAAAUCGAGACAGCAGUUUUAAUCAACAGGAUAUGUAUAUGUAUACAUACAUGAUCUAUACGAGAACAUAUGGACACAUCUGUACAUUAUUAUUACGAUUUUGACGUAAAUGCAAAAUAACAAUAAGCGCGCAAAUGACAAUUGAGUUAAGAAGGUAACUGAUUACACGUGAAUUGUUCCGAAAAUUCAGACACGUGUUUAGAAUAUUGAAUCUUUUUUAAGACCGAAAAAAGAUCACGUUAUGGAUCGCCAUCAAGACCAUUACCAUUGCAAUAUCACAUAUCAAAAAUGUUUUAGUCCAUUUUUCGAAAAUUUUUUAUUCUCUAGUUUACUUGACUAGAAUGUUUCACAUAAACGUGUUUCUAAAUAAGAUCAUUGUUAUAUUUAAUUACUAUUUCACGUGCUUAUCUUUCCUUUAUCGAAAAGUCUUCACAAUGCGUUUUAAAUUUGAUAAAUUCGCAAGUUUCUGCAUUGUAGUCACACUACUUUCUCAAGCAUUCCACUGCGCUUGUAGGAGAUCAAGUUCGCGAUCGGUAGAUUGUAUGAGAAGAGUAGUUACUGGUUUAUAAUUAAUGAAAAAGAAAAGGAGUUUAUCGCUCAUCUGCGAUGGAAAAUCGCAUCUGGAUGUCCUUUUACAGAAGCAUUUAACUUUUUAUCGAUGAAACAUACACAAACAUCGACAAGAAAAAAUUUCCUUUUUGUUGCAUUCUUCUAUGUGACAAACCAAUUGACUUACUUGUACGACGGGAACACCUGAUAUACAAUGUAUACAUUGUAUGUACAUCGAAAAAGUGUAUCACCAAUUUUUCACAAUGUGUCAUAUACAAAGUGUUUUACAUUUAUUUUAUUUUUAUUUUUGUUUUCAUGCAUGCCAUUACGUGAACUGUAUCACCAACGAAGUUUAUACGUUUACGGCACAAUUAUAAUAAUUAU